GUGGUAAUGUCAUAAGAUUCGGUUUAUAUAUUGCGCAAAAUUUCGUACGUAUAAUCCGCAAAUUUAUCUGCCAGAGCGCAAAGAAAGGUAACACGGCCACUGGCAACACAAUGGCAAAGUUUGCUAGAAUAUUUCUGCUUCUAGCAACAGUUCAAGCUGACAUGUACUUGCAUAACCCAAGGUGAGUUUCAAUUAUGUCGCUACUUGAAAUAUGUCAAAUUUAAACUUCGCAGUCAAACGGUGUCUUUGUCAAUUUCAUACUUCCUAAUAUUAUGAUAUUACCUGUUAUAUUUUAAGUCUUUCAAAAACUUCGAUAUUUGUUUUUUUAAGGGGUUCAAAUAAUAGAUUGGACGAAGCGAAAAGGGAAAGAAAUAACGCAAAUAGGUAACUAAGUGUAUUAAAUAAUGCAAAAUAAUUAUUUAUUAAUUCUGACACUGUCGCAAUUUUUUAACCAGUUUUACGAUUGAUUUUUCACGGAUUUUUAAAAAUAUAUCAAAACUAUAUAUUACAUACUGUGUUUGUGCAAAAUAAGAGCAUUUUUUAUGAAAAAUAAGGGAGAAUUUAUCGCAAUUUUAAACAAUUGUUUUGAUGUGUUAUUUUUAAACGUACCAAAUUGCAUGUUGCAAAAUUUAUUCUAAUUUCUUAAAUGUGCUAUAUUUCUCUCUAAAUUUGCUACAUUUUAGGUUGUUCGAUUCGCAAAACAAUAAUCGAGGUGGAUAUAAUGUUGGAAGUCUAUAUUAUUAUCAGGAAUCUAUGCUGUCAGUUGAAUGGUAAAACAUUAAUUUUGUCAAUCUCAGAUCUAAAUGACUAAUGGACCUUAGUAUAAUUAAUUUCAAUAUAUUUGAUGAGUUUCAUCAGGUUAAUACAAGUGUCAAAUUCUAACAAUGAUUUAUAAUAUUACUUAAUAUUAUAUUCUAAUAUUACCUAAUACAUUCUUUCAUAAAUUUUUGUCAGGACAAACCAACAUUCCUGCGGCGACCAGAACACUCACUGCGAGAUAAUUCUGCAAUAUAUGUGUGGAGAUUUAGUACGAGAUGGUACUACAACACAGUAAGUGUUAUUCACCAUGAUGUAUAUGUGCCACUGUAUGUGGUUACAAAAUUUUAGUGGUCACUAACAUGCUGAGUUUUUGUAGGACAAUACCUGAUAAUCGAGUGCAAUGUAAAAACUACAACUGCAAUACGGACAAAACGUAAGUCACAUGAUGGUGUUUGUAUGAAUGUAUUUAUUUUUACUUUGAAAAUUAAUGGUGAUAAUUUAUUCAUCCAAAAUUUCAUUUCAGAUUUGGCAUGCAUGAGGAUUAUGAUUAUUACCAAGAAUGCAAAUAUCGAAACAGAAAUAAGGGAUUAUUCGCUGCCGACCAGGUAAAUAUUAUUGCAAGUUAAUAAUUCAAAUUUCAUCACACAUAGUAUGAAACACUUACCAACCUUACAAUUGCAUUCCUUAAGAACUUGAAAAAGGAUUCAGCGCAAGCCACACGACAAAAUCCUGCUGGAACCAGACGUGGUUACGAGUGCCCUGAAGAAAGAGAUUAUUAUCCUUACUGGCAUCCAUCACCAUGGAAGGUACGUCAUUUUUUCCCUAAGCUGCCGUGUUGUGGUUUUGAAUGCAAAGCAUGGCAUCUUAUUGUACACUGGACCCUUGGAUUUGUGAAAAUGAUAUUCUUUAUCCAGCUUUAAAUAUAAACCAUGGUGUUUUAGGAUAUUGCAGUUCUCACAAAUGAUGCAACCCGAUGUCCAUUUUACGAGGAAGAAAGUGAAAAUGUGAAGGGACGUUAUGAGUGCGUGUUGCCAAAAGAAUAUUUGAGGAGUAAAAAUUAUCGACGAUAUAAAAUUCCAAAUAAUGAAGCAGAUUGUUUGGUAGGUGAAAUUUUUUGUCUAAAUAUUUUGAUGAGGUUUACCCUUCCCAUACUAUCAACGCCACCAUAGUUAUCAUCACCACUACCACCAUCAUCACCAUCCACCAUCAUUCACCACUACCAUCAUCAUCACUACCAUCAUCAUCAUCACCACCAUCAUACCACUACCAUCAUUACCAUUGCUAUAAUUAUCAUCACCAUCAUUACUGUCACCGACCACAACCAAUUCAUAAUACUUCCACCUGACCUAAAUCCUCUGACACUGUUAAAUUUCAUUUCUCCUUGAAUUAGGCAUUUUCGCACAUUCAUUAUCCAUCAGCAUUCUCAAAUGCUACUGAGCUGCGUGGUGAAUGGGUGUUGAGACCUUCACAUAACCUUCCUCCUCCAGAAUGUCGCGAGACUGACUGGUCACGUGAUAAUCAUCUGGGAAAUGGGGUUGGUGGAUUUCCAAAUACAUAUAACUGGACGUUACCUAAUAUAAAUGAAGAAAGUUGUACUCUCAGAAUAAGGUAACUACAGAACACCACCAACUAUCA